GUGGCAGGGGCAGAAGUCGACUCCUCAGGCGAAACAGUUAAGGACGGUGCCACCGUCGUUGGCUUUCCGGCAGUCAAAAGGCUUGCCCUCGCAGCAGCUUCAUUGUGUGCCGCCUCCUUGCCUGUCAUCAGCGAAGAGCUCGCCUCCAUGUUGUGCGGUUCCUGGGUGUCAUGCCUGAUGUACCGCCGCUGCCUCAUGUCGUGCCUGGACAAGCUUUUCGCCUUAGGUAGCAAGGCUGAGGGGCCCGCUUUUGGGAGCAAGGCGCGCCCGCUCCCAAGGCGGGUCGCGUCUGAGCUGCAGCUCCUUGCAACACUGUGUCCCGUCAUCUGCACUAAUGCCUCGGCCGACCCUCCAACUGAUGUCUUUGCGUCCGAUGCUUCCAUGGCCAAAGGAGCGGUGUGCUCUAAGCAAAUAGCCCCUGAUCUGGGUCUCCGCCUUUGGCUCGCCUCCGACUUCAAGGGGCGCUACAGCUUUCUGACGAAAGCAGGGAGUCAGGAGCCCGCGCCCCAGCAUCAGCUCCUCUCUGAUGAGGCGGAGUUUGCCUUGCUGGGCCACCUUCUGCAGCUUGAGCUCAUACACAGGAAGUGCCCAGGGAACCUCCCCAGCUCCCCUGACUGCAUGCGCCUGCGUCCGGCCCGCGAGGAGCACCACGCUCCUUUUGCCGACUUCGAUGCCAGCCUGGGCUUCCGUGGGGAAGGCGUUGAGCUGCCCGAUGGCAGGCCAGUGCUACAAAAGACUGCCCUCAGCCGGGCCAAGUUCUUGCAGAGGCCACGAGUGGAAGCCCUUGUCGGCCUCUUGACCGAGUACGGCAGAGAACUGUUCGGGGCAGGAAUGCCUUAUCACUAUUAUGCGGAGACGAUAAACGCCAUUUCGUCUCGGAGGUCUACGGUCCGUCGACAGUUACAGGGAGCAUGGGACAUCGCGUUCACAUGGUUGGCCCUCGAACCCUCGUCCCAUCAUGUGGCCAUGCCCCCGGUCAUUCUGAUGGCUCUGCUGACCUGCUGCCUGAUCUGGGGAUGGCGUGCUGAAGCAGGGGUUUUUGCCUUAGCGUGGGGCGGUCUCCUCCGAAUUGGGGAGGCGACUCAGGCCACACGCUCCUGCCUCAUCCUGCCAAGGGAUGUACUCUGGACACAGGCCUUCAUACUUUUACGGAUUCGUGAGCCAAAGACCCGUCUCCGAGCGGCCAGGCAUCAGGCGGCCAAGGUCGAACCGGCUGACCUUGUCCACCUGAUCGACGCUGCUUUCGCACACCUUUCCCCUUCUUGGUGCACAGACCCUUCGAAAGCGUCUCGACUCAGUUUUGGAACGGCUCGGCGUACCUACAGCGAAGGACCAUCAUCGACCACUAGAUCUUGGCUCCUUUCGCCCGGGUGGUGCAACCUUUCUUUUGCAGCAAACUGA